AUGGAAAAAGAUAGCACACAGAUUGGAGACAUAAAAAAAGAACGAAACGCACUUAGUCUCAAAAAUAUUGAUAGAACUGAUAUUGGAAUAUACAAAUGCGUUGGAAAAGCUCGGCUUAUGUGGAGGAAAAAACAGUCGAAACUCGUCUCAGACGAAAAUGAACCUGACACAACACGGUUCCCAAAUUUAAGCGAAAACGACAUUGAAGAAAUUAAAAACGCUAAUGUCAAGAUAAAUACAGAAAGAUCAACUAAAACCUGGUUGAACGUCUGGUCAAAUUGGUGUUCUGCUAGAGGAAUAACUCAGCCAAUUGAACUUUUCUCGUAUGAACAAUUGGAUAAGCAUCUAAGCAAAUUUUAUGCCGAAGUAAAAAAAGUGAAUGGAGCAGACUACGAAACAGAAAGCCUUCGCGUAAUGCAAGCUGCAAUUGAUCGCUACUUACGUGACAAAAAUUACGGCGAAAGUAUAAUUUCCUCGAAGCCAUUUCACCAGUCCAUUAAGACAUUAAACGCCAAAGCAGCCAGUCUCCGUCAACAAGGGAUGGGUAAGCGUCCUAACAAAGCUGAGGCACUAAACCAAAGCGAGAAAGAAACGUUGUGGGAAAACGGUUCGCUCGGAGAUCACUCGCCAGUCGCGCUAACAAAUGCGAAUUUUAAGUGUCUUUCUGAACAAAUGGGUUUGCGAGGACGUCAAGAUCACUACGACGCAUAUGUGGAAGAUUUCACUAUUCGUAGACACGACGAUGGCUCGGAAUCUAUUGUAUUCAAUGAAAAUCCCACCAAAACAAGAAGCGGAGGUCUUCGAGUCGCGAAACGAAUAUUAGCUGCUACUUAA